UCAAUGGGCCAACCUGUAUGGGUUACUAGAAAAAUAGCCAUCGCAUCGGAAAAUAUCGGCCAUCGUACGAUACAAUUCGAAUAACAUCAUGUUGUAGAACACGAUUUUCAU